UUACAAAAAGCCCAGCUACGACAGUUACAAGCCCAGCUACGACAAUUACAAACCCAGCUACGACAGCUACAAGCCCAGCUACGACGAUGGUUACAAAAAGCACAGUUACGGCGGAAAAUACGGCGGCGGUUACAAAAAAAGCAAAUACAACAAAUACAACUCUUAUAGCAGUAGCUCCAGCGAGGAAGAAUAUCCACCAAGACACCACUACAAAGGAGGCUACCAUGGUGGUCAUCGUUAUGGUCACAAAAAGCAUCACUAUGCCGGAGGUUAUCCAACGUUCAUCUACCCAUCACCAUAUCAACCGAUGAGUCCCAUUCAACCAAUUCCACAAGUUCCAAACCCUUGGCAACUAACUCCCUCUCAGCCAAUUCCACCAAUGCCAAAUCCCUUGAUACCAAAUCCACAACAGCCUUGGGCAUCACUUCUUCCAGCAAACCAAAGCAACGUCGUAAUGCCCCCAGCUAUGCCAAUUCUUCCACCGCCAUCAAUUGUAUGGCCUCCUGGUACCCCCUUUGGUGCUAAAAAAGUGAAACGUGAUGCCCCAUCCCAAAUCAAUGAUGCAGAAUCUGAGCUUGGACUACUCCCACCACAACGUUUUGAACGUGCCAUCAAGGAGAAAACUAAAAUUCCAAAACCAACAACUGAAUUGCCAAAAACUACAAAAGAGCCAAAAAUUUCAACAACAACUGAAGAAAUAUAUGAAGGGGAAGAAGAACCAGAAGAAGAGGAAAACGAAGAAAUUGAAGAAGAGAACGAGUAUUUCCGUUCGGAUGACAACAAUCAACAUGUUGGAUAUAUUCAAGGCGAAAUUAAUAGUAUUUGGGAAGAAAAGAAGAAAAAAUAA